AUGCUGUUUGAAAAAGAUAGUGGUCGAGGAGGUAAGGGCUCUAUCUUCGUGUGGGCAGCUGGAAACGGAGGCAGACAUCAGGAUGACUGCAACUGUGAUGGCUACACUACUUCCAUCUACACUCUCUCAAUCGCCAGCACAACAGAGCAUGAACUGUUUCCGUGGUACAGCGAAAGGUGUUCGUCGACAUUAGCCAGCACGUACAGCAGUGGCAGUGUGGGAGAUAGGAGCAUAGUGACAACAGACUUAAAGAAUAAGUGCACAGAUAAACGCACGGGAACAUCGGCAAGCGCCCCCCUGGCGGCUGGGAUUUGUGCUCUCGCUUUAGAAGCCAAUGCCAACCUGACUUGGCGGGACAUGCAACAUAUCGUAUUAAGAACUGCCAGACCCCUCGCCAAAAUGCAACCCAAGGGAUCAGGGGAUGCCUGGACGAGGAACGGGGCCGGCAGACUGGGGAGUCACAGCUAUGGGUAUGGAUUGAUGGAUGCUGGAGCCAUGGUCAGACUAGCCAAACAAUGGAGCACUGUUCCUCCUCAGAGGGAGUGCGUGAACAGCAUGCCCGGUGCCAAUCCAAUUAAAAUCCAGCCUCAUUCCAGUCAGUCAAUUCGAAUCCAAAGCACUGGCUGCAACGAACAGGUGCUCUACUUGGAGCACGUAGUCGUGAUCAUAACGCUCAAAAUACCAACGAUGAGAGGGAAGCUGUCCAUCCAGCUGAAGUCUCCUGCAGGCACGGUGUCUCAGCUACUUUUCCCAAGGAACAAGGACACUGGCAAGACUGGCUUCGACAACUGGCAGUUCAUGUCUGUCCAUCACUGGGAGGAGACUGCGGUUGGCGAGUGGGAGUUCGUAUUCAAAAAUGACCACGCAAUAGCCACUGGUGCGAGAACUAAUUAUUGGUGUUUUCGAUAA